AGCCGCGCCUGCGCAGUGCGGCGGCCGCCGCUGUGACCGAGCGCACGUACCGCGCCGCCCGCUCCGCCCCCCCUCCUCGCGCGGGACGGAGGGGGCGUGGCCUGCGCGCCUAUAAAAUCCGGCGCGGGGCCGGCCGCGCGCGCUCGGUCACGCCCCUCGGCAGCUCGCGGCAGUUCGUGACCGGCGCCGCCGUCCGCCGCGCUCCCUCAGGCGCCGCCCCUGCCCUCCGGUUUCCUCAGGUACGUGGUGAGGUGACAGCUGUCAAACUAUGGCUUUCAACAAGAUUUGGUGUACUGUAGCGCUUGGACUUCUGCUGCCUUUCUCUUGCGCCCAUACAGACUUCUUCACGUCCAUUGGUCAUAUGACAGACUUAAUACAUACGGAAAAAGAUCUGGUGGUGUCACUGAAAGAUUACAUCAAGGCAGAAGAAAGCAAGCUGGAACAGAUCAAAAAGUGGGCAGAGAAGUUGGAUCAGCUGACAGAUACUGCUACGAAAGACCCAGAGGGGUUUUUGGGACACCCAGUAAACGCAUUCAAGUUGAUGAAACGGCUUAACACAGAGUGGGGUGAACUGGAAAACCUGGUUCUGAAGGACAUGUCAGAUGGCUUUAUCUCCAACAUGACGAUCCAGCGGCAGUUUUUCCCAAACGAUGAGGACCAGACUGGUGCAGCAAAAGCCCUCUUGCGGCUUCAAGACACGUAUAAUUUGGACACAGACACUCUCUCUCGAGGGAACCUUCCAGGUGUGAAGCACAAAUCCUUUUUAACGGCCGAAGAUUGCUUUGAGCUGGGAAAGAUCGCCUACACUGAAGCCGACUACUACCACACCGAGCUCUGGAUGGAGCAGGCGCUGAAACAGCUGGAUGAGGGAGAAGUAUCUUCUGCGGAUAAAGUCUACAUCCUGGACUACCUGAGCUACGCUGUGUAUCAGCAGGGGGACCUGGCCAAGGCCAUGGCGCUCACCAGGCGCCUGCUGGAGCUGGAUCCUGAACAUCAAAGAGCAAAUGGGAACAUGAAAUAUUUUGAAUACAUCAUGGCUAAAGAAAAAGAAGCAAAUAAGUCCAGCACGGAUUCAGAAGACCAGGCGGAGAAGGAAACUGAGGUUAAGAAAAAGGAUUACCUGCCCGAGAGAAGGAAGUACGAAAUGCUGUGCCGUGGGGAGGGUCUCAAAAUGACUCCUCGGAGACAAAAAAGACUCUUCUGCCGCUACUACGACGGAAACAGGAAUCCGAGAUACAUCCUGGGCCCUGUCAAACAGGAAGAUGAGUGGGACAAACCUCGAAUUGUUCGCUUCCUUGACAUCAUCUCCGAUGAAGAGAUCGAAACUGUGAAAGAGCUGGCAAAGCCAAGGCUGAGGCGAGCCACCAUUUCAAACCCCAUAACGGGAGCCUUGGAGACGGCACAUUACAGAAUUAGCAAAAGUGCUUGGCUGUCUGGAUACGAAAGCCCUGUGGUGUCUCGCAUUAACACGAGGAUACAGGACCUAACGGGACUCGAUGUCUCCACCGCAGAGGAACUCCAGGUGGCAAAUUAUGGAGUGGGAGGACAGUAUGAACCCCACUUUGACUUUGCACGGAAAGAUGAGCCAGAUGCUUUUAAGGAAUUGGGAACAGGCAACAGAAUUGCUACUUGGUUGUUUUAUAUGAGCGAUGUGUCAGCAGGGGGAGCUACUGUCUUUCCUGAAGUAGGAGCCAGUGUUUGGCCUAGAAAGGGCACAGCUGUGUUCUGGUACAACCUCUUCCCGAGCGGAGAAGGAGAUUACAGCACGCGGCACGCGGCCUGCCCAGUGCUAGUGGGAAACAAAUGGGUAUCCAAUAAAUGGCUCCACGAGCGGGGACAGGAAUUCCGAAGGCCGUGCACUUUAUCAGAGUUGGAAUGAUGCAGACUCGUCCUUGGUCUCCUGCGAAUCCAGCCUGUGUAAAAUGCACACAUCUCCUACAGUUUACAGUCGACUAACACUCCACUACAGGUUCAGCCUUCAGCUACACCGGUGUUUCAUCUGUGGACAAAACAAACAUGCUUUUAGUUCCCUUAAAAUAUCCCCUUAAGGUUUUAUGAACAGAACAUAUUAAGGUCUAUGAGUGUUACAGAAAAAAAAAGAAACACAAAAAGGACAAAAUACAAAUCAGGGCCACAACUAACAGUGGUGUUGUGUGUGGUGUUCCCUUCACCAUCACCCCUCUGAUGGCACGGAAAGAGCGUUCGCUCCGCCGAGGGCGGGUGGUUCAACGGGAGGGCGCCCGAGUUAAACCCCUUCCUGCUCCUCCAUUCCCAGACAUUCAACUCCUUGCUUUUCUCCAGUGCCCAGCCACUGCUGUUGAGAACUGUGGGUACGGUUUGUGUUUCUUUGGGGAACGGGUUAUUAUUGUGGUUUUAGCCUGUUUUUCCACUUUCACAAAAGCCCUGAUUUUUAAACGUCGUCUCCUCAGUCUCUGUGGUCAGUUUGGCUCUUAAUGUCGAAGACGUGAGCCAGCAGUUACACACGCACAGACGAGCUGCUCCCGCAGUGCUGUGUCAGACACAACAAUUCCAGCCCGCCUUCCCACCAGAUUUUGUUCUUUAAUAUUUGUCCACAUAAACAAAUGCUGCUUUUAUUCUGUCUUAGUAGCAAACUCCUCCAUCUGUUCCUUGGGCAGCGGGGAUGGGAACAUUACCUUCUUCAUUAAUCAAAGUAAUUGUGCCUUAGGACACUGGAAUUUCAAAUUGGUUAUGAGGUAAUACAUAGUCCUCACAGACCGCUCUCCACCCUUGUCCUCCCAGUUCUCAAGGUUUUUGUGAGAAACAGAUGGCCUAUUUAUAAUCCUCAAUCUUUUUUAGAUGCUUUUGAUUUUGCAAACGUUCUUUCGUGCUGCGGAGGCCGAGCGCAGGCCGCAGCGGUGACAUGCUUUUACCCACGGAUGCCAGAGAAGGUGCCCGCUCUGGACGGUUUGGUGUCGCUCACCUUGCGCGGCUGCGCCUCGUGCCGCCUCCCCUCUCCUUAGCUGGCGCUGGCCCUCGAAUCGGUGGGAAGGGGCCUCGUCCCGAGGCUCUGGUGCUGCUCACCUCGCUGCUGCUCUUCCCACCAGCUGUUCUGAUUCACGCCGCCCACGCAGAGCCAGUGGUGCUGCAUGGGAGGAACUCGGUGACUUUCAGGGACCAUAGUUGGUGACGAAUCAUCCUCCCGCUGAGAUGAAGUUGAAGCCUCUGAGGGAGAUGCGACUGUGGCUGCUGUAGCUGUUGACCUUUGUCCUGCUCGUCCCCAGCACAGAAGAGCUCGGCAGGGCGGGGAGAGGCCGCAGGGAGGUUUCGCUUUCCUGAGCCGGUUCUCUGCAACAGCAGGAGUUUUAGCAAAAUGGCUAAAAUAUUCCACUAGCGCAAGGACAAGAAUCAGAGUGAGCUGCACCAGACUCUACCUAAACCAGUCUGAUUUUCUGGAUGAUGAUGGUUUUACUGAUUCAGGGGUCAGGCCUGAAGUCUUUACCAAGGGAAAACUUCCAAUUGUAGUUAAUUGGAUUUUCUGCCUCAAUAAAACCUUGAAAAUUGAGCCAAAAGGUUAACAGAAAACAACUCUUAACAUGUUAGAAAUACCUCUGGAACACUGAGAAUGCAGUUUAAGGUACUAUAGGUUGAGAAACUGCAAACUUUCAGAAGACACUUUAAAAUCUUUGCUGGAAAACGCAUUGUUAAAUUUCUACUGAGCCUGUUAGCAAUGGGACCUACCUACCUGUUUACCCUGAGCCCUGCACCUUCUCGCAUUUUACCCGUGCUUUUGGCACUUGUGAAACACAGUCCAGCCAGUGCUUACGGAAACCAAUAAAAACAAAAGCCAGAAACAGCUCCA